UAUAAUUUUCUCGGCAGACAAACAGCCCCCGCUUUCCCCCAAUAAAACCGUACCUGUGUUAGAGAGAGAGAGAGAGAGGAGAGAGAGAGAGCCCCAUUCCAAUCUUAAACAAGCCACCCCUCUCUUCCACCCUCACCCUCUAUACUGUUUUCUCGCCAUUCAAACGGCAAUUAGGUUUUCAACAGUGCGACUCUCUGGUUGAUUCUUGGGUUAGAUUCUCCAUGAAGCACAUGAUUGAACGACCUUCGCGGCCACACGAUCCUACCGUCGUCUCUUCUUCACCGUCCGGUCCCUCCUCCCAUCACAGUGGCAGGAAUGUCCUUCAAUUGCUAGCACAAAGAGAGAUUUGUCCUCGGUCGAAACAGUUUCCAAAGAGGCUAUGGGGAGGAUCUUCUGAACAGAAUGCUGAGUCCUUCGUUGGGCCCAAAAGUGAAGCAGCUAGAGAUGCAAGACGUGGUCUUAUCUCAUGGGUAGAGGCAGAUUCAUUGCAGCAUUUAUCAGCCAGGUAUUGUCCUCUGAUGCCUCCUCCGAGGUCUACUAUUGCAGCAGCAUUCAGUCCAGAUGGAAAAACACUUGCUUCCACACAUGGUGACCACACUGUAAAGAUAAUUGAUUGCCAUACUGGAAGCUGCUUAAAGGUGUUAACUGGUCAUCGAAGGACACCUUGGGUGGUUAGGUUCCACCCAGUGCAUCCUGAAAUACUUGCAAGCGGGAGUUUAGAUCAUGAAGUUCGUAUAUGGGAUGCAAAUACUGCGGAGUGUAUAGGAUCUCGUGAUUUCUAUCGCCCUAUUGCUUCUAUUGCUUUCCAUGCCAAAGGAGAACUGCUUGCUGUUGCUUCAGGGCACAAGCUAUUCGUAUGGCACUACAGCAGGAGAGGGGAGACUUCAUCACCAACCAUUAUAUUGAAGACAAGACGUUCACUUCGUGCUGUGCAUUUUCAUCCUCAUGGUGCUCCAGUUCUCUUGACUGCAGAGGUCAAUGAUCUUGAUUCUUCAGAUUCUUCAAUGACAAGAGCAACAUCUCCGGGUUACUUGCACUAUCCUCCUCCUGCAGUAUUUUUGGCGAAUAUUCAUUCUAGUGACCGUCUUAAGUUGGCUUCCGAACUCCACCUUGCAUCCUUACCUUUCUCAUUCAUUCCUUCAUUUGCAAGGGAUGAUUCAAGAAUAGAUUUGUAUCACACUGAUAGGCCUACUGGUUCAACCAGGGUACAAAUGGGUUCUUCUGGUUCAGUGCAAUUUCAAGCAGAUGCAAAUGCAGCUGGCCAAUAUGAUUAUAUGGUGUUUCCCAUGGAAACUUCUCCUGUUUUGCCUUCUUGCUCAAAUCCUAGUACAGAAGGUACACAAAUUAAUUGUGUCCCUAAUGGAAUGGAAAAUGGAAUUCCGGACCCCAAAAUGGAUGCCAUGGAUUCCACUGAAAUGCAACCUGUGGAACAAAACCAGCACAGAAGCUCUGCAAACCUAGAUACUUUCAGUGGUGCCAAUAGUGCAUCACGUGGAGUUCCUGGGCACAUAUCUAGUCUGCCAGAGUCCAUCGAGUUUGGGCAUCUGCAUCAGUUUUUACCUUGUAGAGGCCCAAAAUAUUGGGAAUUACCUUUUCUGCAAGGAUGGUUAAUGGGUCAAAGCCAAGCUGGUAUAUCUCCAAUGCUCUCUCUUAAUGGUGCCUCUCAUGAACAUUCAUCUCAAAAUCUUGGAAUGGGUUCUGCCAUCUUGAAUCCUGAUUUGUCUACUUCUAACAUUGAGGUUCCAGUAAUUUCUCCAGCAAUGGCAGGCAGCAUCAACUUACCUGGGGUAGCUGGAAGAUCUGGCCAGCAACAACGUUUUUCGCGCUCCCACUUGAUUUCAGUAUCUGAAUCUGUGGAACAAGCUGCAUCUAUUAAUAUCGCACAUGAAGGAAGUGAUACUCCACCCAUCAUGAGUAGAAUCCAGUCUGAACUUGCUGCAUCAUUGGCUGCAGCAGCUGCUGCAGAGUUGCCUUGCACCGUAAAGCUAAGAAUAUGGUCACAUGAUUUAAAAAAUCCUUCUGCUGUGCUCAAUGCUGAGAAGUGCCUCUUAACCAUACCACAUGCUGUCCUUUGUAGUGAAAUGGGUGCACAUUUAUCACCUUGUGGGAGAUUUUUAGCUGCCUGUGUUGCAUGUGUGCUUCCUCAUUUGGAAGCUGAUCCUGGAUUGCAAACACAGGUUCAAGAUGUCAUAGGGGCCUCAACAUCACCCACUCGACAUCCAGUCUCAGCACACCAUGUCAUGUAUGAGCUUCGGAUCUAUUCACUAGAGGAGGCAACUUUUGGUACAGUACUUGUUUCCCGAGCGAUUAGAGCUGCUCAUUGUUUGACUUCAAUUCAGUUUUCUCCGACAUCUGAACACAUAUUACUUGCCUACGGUCGGCGUCAUAGUUCUCUCCUUAAAAGCCUUGUUAUCGAUGGGGAAACGACAUUACCUAUUUACACAAUUUUGGAGGUUUACCGAGUCUCAGAUAUGGAACUUGUUAGAGUGCUUCCCAGUGCUGAAGAUGAGGUCAAUGUAGCUUGCUUUCAUCCUUUACCUGGAGGAGGUCUUGUGUAUGGAACCAAGGAAGGGAAGCUGAGGGUGCUCCAAUAUGAUGUUUCUCAUGGAAUGAACAGUAAUGGACCAAAUUCCUUCCUUGGAGAAAACUUGGCUGAGUUAGAGCAAUAUCCAAGGUUCAGACAAAUGCUUUCGAAUGGAAGAAAUCUGUAGUAAAAUUUCACAUGUGAAGUGUGCAACUCAGCUUCAAUGGAACUUGUGGAUACCUGAUUUUGGACAUUGCUGCUGUGGGAUAUCAGUAAACUGGAAGGCCAGAUUGAAGCGUGAUAUGCCAAAAUGUACAAUAUGAUGAUGCUCCCAGUUGCAUUUCUAUUUUCCUUCCUUUUUUUUUCGGGUUUUGUUGUUUGAGUAGUGAGAAACCAUCCGUUUACUCCCAUGAGGAAAUUCUCCAGCAAUUGGGGCUCUCAAAUCCAACAUUCUAACAGAUGCAUCCAUGUAACUUUACAAAAUAUAUGAGCUGUAUAUCUGCAGUGAUGGCAGUAAAUAUUUUUAGUUUUUGUUUGAGCCACUGAAAGCACAGAACAAAAAGUAAAGAUGAAACAGAAGAUCACCCUGAUUUUUGGUGAUUGC